AUAGAAACACUAUAGAAUGUAGAAUAUAAAUUAUAAAGCCAGUUCAUAAUUAGCAAUUUUUUGAAGUAGAAGGGGCGCUUCAACAUAGUAAUCCAAGGCAGAAGAUAAGACGUGAUUCUUACCAAGAAAAAUAACUGUUAGUAACUACUGUGAAAUUCGGUUACAGGAACAAGAUGUUUUCAAAGAUGGUGGACUCAAUCGACCAUCUGAACUCUGAAGACAAGCAUAAUCUUGUAAUGGAGAGCCAGACUUUCCAGUGCUGGGAUGACUUUUUGAAGUGGAAAAAAAUGGAAGAACAAAUGAAGAAAAGUUAGCUCGUCAAAACAAGGCCCGAUAGAAAAACAAGGAGGCAUAUGGUCUCAUGAUUCUAUCGCAACAGAUAUGGUACAAUUAUUUCUGGCAGCAACGGAAAAGGGGCAAUGAGAUCUCAAGGGAGUUCAAAAACUGGAUGUUCAUGCACCACAUUUAUCAAGGCAAGAAUUGAUGCAGCCACAGGUGAGGUGACAGCGGACUAUUGCCUACAACACAUUGGGCACAAACAAGAAAUCGCAUACUCAUGGUUAUCUGCCUACAUCCGCUCUCACAUAGCUGGGAAACUGUCCCAAGGAGUCAACAUGAACUCUGUUUUGGACUUUGUCAGGGAUACCCAAGCAGGACCUCUCACAAGGGACCACCUAGUUACACGUAAAGAUCUGAAUAAAAUUAAACAUCAGUACAACAUAGAUUUCAUUCAAAAGGAUAGCGACGAUGCCACCAGUGUUGCCCACUGGACGGAGUUCCAGAAAGAAAUGUUUAACAAGGAUGGAUCUAAAUUAAUCUGCGUUGACGCAACACAUGGUACCACUGCUUACGACUUUCAACUAAUAACUGUGUUGGUCAUCGAUGAUUUUAAUGAGGGAAUACCUGUGGCAUGGAUGAUAAGCAACAAGGAAUCGACUGAUUCCUUGAGAGUCUUCUUCCAAAGUCUCAGAGAAAGGUGCAGAGAUGUCAUCACCCAGUUCUUCAUGAGUGAUGAUGCAGAUGCCUAUCACAAUGCCUGGUGUUCUGCUUUUUCAAGACCUGAUAGGAAGCUGCUCUGCAGCUGGCACAUGGACAGAAGCUGGCACCAAAAGCUGAACAAAUAUUUUAAAGACGAAUAACAGCAAGCAGAAGUGUAUGCAGCCUUAAAGAAUCUUCAAAAUGAGACCACUGAAAGCGCAUUUCAAACAUCCUUGCAGCAGUUCCUUGCAUGGCUGAAAGGCAUCUCCCCACUAAUGGCCUCUUACUUCGAGAAGGAAUACGCCUCCCAGCCGCAAGAAUGAGGGUCUUGUUUCCGGGAAGAUCACCUGCAAACACAAACAUGUUUCUGGAAAGCUUCCACAGAACUCUUACGGAAAUCUACCUGGAGGAGAAACAAAACAAACGCGUAGAUCAUCUGCUGUUGACUCUUUGCAAAAUCUCAAGAGACAAGCCUUACGAACAGUUGAUAAAAGCUGAGAAGGGCAAGGUUACCCAACGUCAGUGCAAUAAUAAUAAACGGCACAAGUAGGUGGACUCCAUACCAGAAUCGGUACUCAGACAGGAUGAUGGUUCUUGGAAAGUACAAUCGACCACAGAUACAAACAGGUUUUAUCGUGUAAGAAAAACUGAUUCCUCUGUCGGUGGCUGUCUUCUUCCAAGCUCUCGUAGUGGAGCCUGUACGCAUUCUUUAAAGUGCACUUGCCAAGACUACACAGUAAGAAAUAUUGUGUUCCCAUGUCCACGCAGUCUGCCUUAAAGAACCUGAAGAUGAAAAAAUCUCUCCAAUGGCAGACGACAUGGUUGAUGAUGUCGCGCAGAAACAAGAGUCUGGAAAACAUAAUUCAAUGGGAGCAACAUCUAAAAGAUGAAAAAGAUUUGGAACAUCUUAAGCGAAGUGCAGUGGCUGAAUUAGCUGAGCUGACAGAACCUUUUCCACAAGCUCCAAAUAAAGAAAUGAUUCAUUCAGUAUUGUACCAUAUUCAUUCAGCUAAGUCAGUAGGACGGGGACUUUCUAUUAUUGGAAACGACCACCAUUACCUCCAGACACGGUCAUUCCCCUCUAACAAACUAGAAACAGAAGCAAUUCUUCCCAACAAAGAAAGAGACCAAAGUAGAGCGGCCAUGAGUAACUAUGUCAGAAACAACACGCCAGGAGCUGGAAGAUAUG